UUUUUUUAUCUUUUUUCAUAUAAAUUUGGUGAUUACUGAUUAUCAUACUUCCCGAGUCUGGCCGAUCCGACUCAGAACUAGCAGAGCCUCAACUCGCCGAGCAUCUCAACCGGUCGAAGUGACUCAAAAAUUUUCGGAGCUCAUAUAAUUCACAUGAGGUCAUACUUUUAAUUUGCUAUAGUAACCUCCAUGUCGAGAACACGCAAUAUCUUUGUUGCCACUGGCUUAGUAGCUUUUGCAGGUGCAGGCUUGGCAUUUCCCUUUUACAUGGCAUCAUCAAGAAAGCCUGUUAUUGACCCAUCAAAGCCACUGCCACCACAGGCAACUUUCCGAGGGCCGUAUAUAAACACUGGCUCGCGUGAUGUUGGACCUGACCAUCGAACUUACCCGAAGAAAUGAUUUAUAUUGUGAAGGUACUCCAGUGUAUGAGAUUUCCUUUGUAUUUGGGACUGAUAGGGGAAAAGAUAUAUGUAUGAGAUAGACCAUCUUCUGAUAUAGAUUUUAUGCUUCAAUUUGAACACAAAAUAAAUUUCA